CGGAGUUCAUUCCCUAUUGCCAUAUUCAACAUUCAUCCUAUCGCCGUACGGACUGCCGAACAGGGUAUUCUCUGGGAAAGGCCUCGUACCUUGUGAUUAAUCGCUUUCCGGUCGCAGUCUUCGUCCCUGAGUCUGACCUUGUACUGAAUUCUUAACCAUGGCGACGAUGCACACCUUCUUCAAGUCCCCUUUCUUUAACUUCGAGUACCUUCGCCUUCUCGCCAUGGCGCCCCACGAGGGCGCCGAGAUCGGUGAGGCCCUCGAAGCAGCCGCCAAAAUCAAGGAUCUCGAUCCGGAAUCGUGGUUCAGCGCCUUCCUCGAGGCCGGUAACAAAGCAGAAGAGAUCGCUCAGGAGGCCGAGCAGGCAGGCGACCGUGUAACCGCACGCCGGGCCUACCUCCGGUCCUCCAACUACAUCCGCGCGGCGCAGUUCAUGCUCAACGAGGGCCCGAUCGGGCACGACCAACGCGUUCUUCCGAGUCUUGAGCGCGCCAUUGCAAACUUUCGAAAAGGCGUCCAAUAUCGCGAUGGGAAGACGUUUUUUCUGGAGAUACCGUACGAAGACGGGCUCACGUUGCCCGGCUACCUCUACCUGCCCGAAGCUGCCAGGCGCAUUCCGGGUCGCAAGAUUCCGAUCCUACUGAACUCCGGGGGAGGCGAUUCGACACAAGAGGAGAUCUACUUCGUCAACCCGGCAUUUGGGCCCGAACUCGGGUAUGCCGUGGUCACCUUCGAAGGACCCGGUCAGGGGAUUGUACUUCGUCGCGACAAGUUACCGAUGCGCCCGGACUGGGAAGUUGUCACCAGUGCGGUCCUGGAUCACCUCUUUGACUUCGCCACCCGCCAUCCCGAGCUGGAGCUCGACUUGGAUCACAUUGCUGUCACCGGGGCCUCGAUGGGGGGAUAUUUUGCGCUGCGUGCAGCCACCGACGCCCGGAUCAAGGCCUGCGUUAGCGUCGACGGAUUCUACAGUUUAGCCAGUUUUGUCGGCGGUAGAAUGCCGGGGCCUCUCUUCCACGGCUUCAUGAACGGCUGGCUGUCCGACGCGGUGUUCAACGGCAUUUUGCGGUGUCUCCAGGGAUGGGACUUCCAAGCGCGAUGGGAGUUCAAUCACCUCAAGUGGGCCACCGGUACUACCACCGAGGCCGACAUCAUGCGGAGCUUUGGCGACUAUACACUGCUCAACCCAGACGGGACCGAGUAUCUUGCCGACGUCAAGUGUCCCACGUUGGUCACUGGGGCCGGAGCGAGCUGGUACUUUGACCCGGCGACCACCACCGACAAGAUUUACGACUGCCUGACCAGUCUGAAACCGGGCGUGGACAAGGAAAAGUGGAUCGCCCAGGACAUCGCCCACGGAGGGCUCCAGGCCAAAAUCGGUGCGUUCGGUUACUCGGUGCACAGAACCUUCCAGUGGUUGGACGCCAAAUUCGGGAUUGAGAGAGAGCCAUUGAGGGCGACAUCCGACUUGCGUGAGCUAGUCCAAUAGUUUCGUCAAUCGCCACGCAGUCCUUGAGAUUCGAAAGUAAUGGAAUGCUUGAAUUGAUGAAAGGUCCCGAAGACCGCUGAAUAGCUAAAGCCCACUGUGGGUCACCUGCAGUCUAACUAGAUUAGGUAGGCGAGCGAGGGCCAUGGAAAUCAGGCACGCGUUCACACCAGAAAGAGACAUCCAAUUUUGUCAGUUAGUCAGUUCGCUGAGUACAGUAGUAAUUUAUUUGAUGAAAA